AUGAAAGUCAAAGCAGAGCCUUGUGUGUUUUUUGUUAAAGGUAUGGCAGCAGAGGAGGAGUAUGAACUGGUAAAUAUACAGGCGACGAAGCCGAUAAAGAAGGUAAGUGGAAAGAUUGGAGGAAACCGACUCAUUGUAUCUGGAAAUAAGCUAUUUGAAGAGACGAUGCUUGGAACAGCAGAUCUUGAUUAUGUGGAUUCAGAUGAAGGAAUCUUUCAUAUACUGACGUGUAUUACACGACUGCCGCCAUUCUAUAACUUUUUGAUGAAUUUUGGUGAUAGAUGCCAGGAAAAGACACAGUGUCAAGUAUUAAGCAAGAUACUGAGGUUUUUUGAGCUGAUUAAGAGCAACAAACAUGCGGAUGUGGAUGAUAUACUGGUAUCUGCAGAUAGUGUGGAGUAUGAGGAUAUUUACACAGAGUUGAUGAAGACAACGCAUGAUGAGAUGUGUGGAUUGUACAACUUUGAAGAGGAUGCCUGGAACACAUCGAAAAAAGGACAGAUUUUGAAAUCAAAGAUUAUAUAUCCAGAGUACUCGCCAAUAGUCGAGAUGUUCCAAGGAAAGGCGAUUGUCAAUGGCUUACAGCAGGAGGUAUAUUUUGAGAAGGUUGGGAUAUGUAUUAAUGAGUCUGGCGGUGUACAGAAUGCAUUUGAUCUAUUUAUAGAAAGUAUGAACUGGAGUAUAAUCAAGAUGCCGUCUGUACUUGCAGUGGUAGUGAAAGAGAUGAAGAAUAAUAGUGGCAAGCUGGAUAUGAACCUGAACGUUGGCAAGCAUCUGUAUGGUCUUCGUUCAUUCAUAACAAAAAGAAAUGGGGCGAGUCAAUGCUAUGUACUUAGUGAGAGUAUAUGGUAUAGAUAUGACAGUAGUGGAGUAUGUGCUGUUCCUAGCAUUGGCAGUGAAGUGUGCAAGCAUCUUUGCAUGAUGUUUUAUUCGGAAUAUGAGUAA